CGAACUCAGGCCACGAUUGAAAUCCUUGGAUUGCCGACCGGUGUGGCUGAGGUAUCAAAAACCGUUGAAGAAAACUGGAACCACUUCUGGAUCAUUAAUGAAGCUGAUCAUAGCAACGAGGAGCGGAAACGGCGUCCGUUUAUGCUAAUAUUGGAUCAGAUC